AGCUAUGGCGUGUGGUUUGGAUCAACCCCUAGUGGUACCCAGGACUGGGGAGGGGAGGGGGGAUGCUCUGGAGCUGUCGCCAGACUGGUUGCCGUGGAAACGAGAGAGGAGCAGGGGAGCCUGGGAAGUAGGGAUGACACAGAUAGCAAGUCCUAGUCAGAGCUGCCGCUACAUUUAGGAGAAACAGCGGUGUCUGCGGCUCCCACCCUUCAAGGGGGCCCGUGGGGGGGGGCGGUGUCAGGGGCAUGGACGCCACCCCCCAGGGGUUUCUGCUGCCGGCCACUCUCCUCUCCACGUGCUUUCUCUAGGGGGAGGAGGAGGGGCCCAGGAAAAGUGGUACUGCAAUCUUCUGCAAAGGGGUCAUUGCAUGCACAAGAAAUGAGGAGGAGUAGGUUGGAGGAACUGAAAUUCUUGGAGGGAAGAUGCAGAAAUCAAGUCAUUGAUCUUGGGAGAUCUUGGGAUAGAGCCCCUCCAGGACCCCCGACGCCGCCGAGGCGCCCCGCGACGCGCGGCGGGUGGCGGCUGCCCGGGCCCCGGGCGCCGCUCUCCAGGCGCCCGCCCCGCUCGCCCUGACGCGGCCGCCAUGGCGCAGGAGAACGCGGCCUUCUCGCCCGGGUCGGAGGAGCCGCCGCGGCGCCGCGGCCGCCAGCGCUACGUGGAGAAGGACGGCCGGUGCAACGUGCAGCAGGGCAACGUGCGCGAGACCUACCGCUACCUGACCGACCUGUUCACCACGCUGGUGGACCUGCAGUGGCGCCUCAGCCUGCUGUUCUUCGUGCUGGCCUACGCGCUCACCUGGCUCUUCUUCGGCGCCAUCUGGUGGCUGAUCGCCUACGGCCGCGGCGACCUGGAGCACCUGGAGGACACCGCGUGGACGCCGUGCGUCAACAACCUCAACGGCUUCGUGGCCGCCUUCCUCUUCUCCAUCGAGACGGAGACCACCAUCGGCUACGGGCACCGCGUCAUCACCGACCAGUGCCCCGAGGGCAUCGUGCUGCUGCUGCUGCAGGCCAUCCUGGGCUCCAUGGUGAACGCCUUCAUGGUGGGCUGCAUGUUCGUCAAGAUCUCGCAGCCCAACAAGCGCGCCGCCACGCUGGUCUUCUCCUCGCACGCCGUGGUGUCCCUGCGCGAUGGGCGCCUCUGCCUCAUGUUCCGCGUGGGCGACCUGCGCUCCUCGCACAUCGUGGAGGCCUCCAUCCGCGCCAAGCUCAUCCGCUCGCGCCAGACGCUGGAGGGCGAGUUCAUCCCGCUGCACCAGACCGACCUCAGUGUGGGCUUCGACACGGGUGACGACCGCCUCUUCCUCGUCUCGCCGCUCGUCAUCAGCCACGAGAUCGACGCCGCCAGCCCCUUCUGGGAGGCGUCGCGCCGCGCCCUCGAGAGGGACGACUUCGAGAUCGUCGUCAUCCUCGAGGGCAUGGUGGAAGCCACGGGAAUGACAUGCCAAGCUCGGAGCUCCUACCUGGUAGACGAGGUGCUGUGGGGCCACCGCUUCACGUCAGUGCUGACCCUGGAGGACGGCUUCUAUGAGGUGGACUAUGCCAGCUUUCACGAGACCUUUGAGGUGCCCACACCUUCGUGCAGUGCUCGAGAGCUGGCAGAGGCUGCGGCCCGCCUUGAUGCCCAUCUCUACUGGUCCAUCCCCAGCCGCCUGGAUGAGAAGGUGGAGGAGGAAGGGGCAGGGGAGGGGGCAGGGGGGGAGGCUGGGGCUGACAAGGAGCAGAAUGGCUGCCUGCCACCCCCAGAGACUGAGUCCAAGGUGUGACCAGCUUCCUCUGAACCACUGUGGCAGCCCAGGGGCCAGAAACAGGUACAUGGGGAACUGCAUCUCGAAGGUGGAGGAGAAGGAGGAGGUAGGCAAAGCCCCUGGAAAUGUGCUAAAGUUGGAAAGUCCCUGCCCCCCAGAACCUCAAGUCUAGGAUCUAGUAUGGAAGGGAGGGGUCCUGAUUUCGGGGAAAUGGAGGGUGGGGCCAGGUGAACUUACCAGUCUGUGUUUGACCUACACAUUUGUUCAUGAGUGGAUGGAUGGACAGAAGGAUGGACUUUUGGGGGUUGGAUGGGAAGAUGGUGGCGGAUAAAGACAGCUGAUAGAUACAUACAUGGACCAAUAGACAGUUGGUCCACUCAGGGCUGCCACUAACUCGUAGAACACCUCUGUGCAAAUUCUAAAAAGGCAUCCUUUUCCUCCAGACAGAUACAGCCCCAAACCAGGGUGCAUGGCCUGGGGAGCAGAGAGUAGGAUGGAUUGCAGUCCCUGCUCACCUCUUCUGCCAGCCUCCCCACACAUGGCACAACUGUCUAACGACAUUGUAGGCCAAGCUAAAGCGAAGGAGAAAGGAGCUGGACCAAGAUGGCCACAUGAGGAGGGUGCCCUCCCAGCUCCACCCUCACCAGGAUGAAGGGUUGCAAGGGGGCUCAGCAAGGCGUGAGUGACCUUAGUCCUCAAGUUCAGAGAAGCAGGCAGAGGGGUUAGAUGCCUGAGCUGGGGCCCUGGAGAAAGGCCUGGGAAAGAAAAACCAGGGGUGGCUAUAUUCUGACAGUGGAGUGAGAUCUUACAGGUAUCCCGCGUAGGCAGGAAGAGAGAGAGAGGUUCUGAGGAGGAAGAGCCAGGAGAGAGAUCUAGAAAGUGGGUUCACUAGAGCUGGGACGCAGGGAGCCCCUGGGAAAGGAGUUUGGUUCUGGGGCACAGUCAUUCACAUCACUGAUUGGGUGUCAUGUGGGGUGGACAUUCAAAAACCUGGUUCCUGUCCUCAAAAUAAGGGGCAACUGGGAAAACAGAGGAAUUUACCAGUGGCAACUGAACAAGGAAUAAUUCAAACUGACCACCUGUGCAGUCACGGAGAAGGUGGGAGAGUGUGGGUGAGUGUGGGUGAUCAGAAGGCUGGGGCCAGCGUAAGGCAUAGGGAAUAUGUAAGUCGGCAGAUAGAAAUCUUCAGGGUGCAUCAGAGUCACCUGGAGGGCUUGUUAAGACACCGGUUUAUGGACUCUACUCCCAGGGUUUCUGACUCAAUAGGUGGGGACCAAAAAUUUUCAUUUCUAAGAAGUCCCCAGGUCAUGCUGCUGCUGCUGCUGCUGGACUGGGGACCACACUUGGAGAACCUGGGCUCUAAGCAAAGACUUGGAGGUCAUAGCAGGAGAUGGGGCAUAGAAGCUGAGGAGUAGAUGAGAAGAAGCUGAAGAGAAGCCGAGAAGAAGCUGAGGAUC